AUGCCCGAUAAUGGCUUUACGCAAAUCCUCACGAGCGGGUGCCUUCAGUACACGGAUACGGAUGCCGCUUCGCUGCACGACGGCCGACGAAGAGCACAGCGCCACGCGUACCAGCUACACGAGGUACCGUCCGUAUGUGACGAAUCGAAGGAAUUCCCCCAGUACGAAACAUCUGCCGGUGGUGAUGUGCGCCGAAUAUUGACCGAUCAUGGCGGAGGUGGAUCGAAACGGUACGAAGCCAACACCGUUACCUCGCGGGAAUGGGAAACGGAUCGGUACAGUAAGGAGCAUCUCGACCGGGAUACACGUUGGCACACCAGACGACAACCAUCGUUCAAAUAUGACACCUCGUACGAGCCAACGAGCGUUUACAAUCAGACACGAAAUCCGGGCCUGCCAGCGGUAAGGCUUAAUGUCGCACAUCAGGAACCGAUCUCCAUUCGGCCGCGGAACAAAAAUCCACAAAUUGUAAACGUUUGCCAAACGUUUCGCUUUCCGGACAACUUUAUCACACAAAACAAUGCAACUCGGAUGGUGCAGCAUCAGGAUCGCUUGAUACAGCAGCAAUUCGCGCCCGUACCGGCUGCUCGAAGGGCUCCAUUGCUAUCACCGUACCGUAGCUCGAGUCGAUCGCGUGUUGGUGGGUUUUAUAGUGUCUAUCGACGUCAUCGGAACAUGCACAGUCAGACUAGCCGAACGUUGAUCGAGUUGGUAGAGGCUGAACAGAAAGCGCAACAGCAGCAGCAGCAGCCGCAAACGAUCCGACCAAUGGCUGGGCCACGCACUACAACAAACUACGGCGUAUCGUCCUAUCGUGUGCCGGACGAAUCGGUGCUAGCUUCCAGCGACAGUGAAUCGUCCAUCGGAGAACAGACCGAUGUACGUUCGAGAAUGCCACCAGUAGAUCGAAAAACUAAAGCACUGUCAAUGGCUCGAGAACAGCUGCGUGCCGGAAAUGGUGGUCGUGCACCGCAUCAGGUUCCAUACUUUGAUCGUACCAAGCGCAAUCGAUCGUGUACAAAGCUCGUCGAUGGCGGUGCUACGAUGGGUGGCCAUUAUGGGCGAAGUACUAAGCAACCAGCCGUUGUAGGUACGCUCGGAAAGCCAACCCGCUAUGUGCUGGGAAAGACAAAAGUAGACCAUCGGCGAACAACGCUUGUGCAGGACACGCAUGACUCGCCGUUCCUUGAUCGCAAGCAGCUACAUCUGACCGAAGAAUCGCACGACGAGGGGGAAGGCUUGAAUGAGGAAGAGGAUGAAUCCGACGAUGGAUCCAUGGACGAGCAGUUGGAGAAUGAGCGUCGUGAUGAGUGCAAUGCGGGGACAUUACUCGGUAUGGAAGGGGAAAGUGCGGAAGAUGAGGACGAAGAGCUGAUCGGUGACACGUUUGGUCGGCGGCGUGGACACGCACCAGAUGUUAUGUGCGUUGGUGCGGGUUCGAAGGAAGGUACGGUCAGUAUUGCCACCAUUGUCGACAAGCUGCAGGACAAUGUGUGGGAAGUGUGUCUGGAAGGUAUUUGGGAUUUGAUGGAUACGGCGGGCAGAAUCGAUUGGAAGGCACAGGAAAAGUACAUCACCGUCAUUAACCGGAAGUUGAUCGAGUUUCUGAAAUCCCCUCGGACUGCUCUGUGCCGGUCGGCUUGUCAGGUGUCGGGUGAGCUGUUCUGUCAGGCGAAGUCGACGAAGCGGCCAGAGUUUGAUGAGAUGGUUGAUAUACUGUUGUGUAAGACGGCCGAUCCGAAUCGGUUCAUACAGAAGGAUGCGAACGUGGCACUGGAUAAGUUGGUUACGUACAUUCCAACACCGCACACCGUACGGGCGAUAUCGAAUCGAGGAACCAUCCACCGUAAUCCCCUUGUGCGGACUGCUACGGCACGGCUGCUCGUGUGCAUUUGUGUCGUUUCGGGAUUGGACGCCAUUUUAGGCACAACGGCUAACACGAGGACCCGCAAAACCAUUCUAUCAAUGUUGGCCAAGUUUUUAACGGAUAAAAAUCUCGAAACAAGGAAAUUCGGCGAACGGUUGUACCGGAUGUUGCGAAAGCAUAAAUUUUUCGAUGAAUAUUUCUACAAGGACAUGGACAACAAUUUGCGCACAAAUCUUAAGCGUGUACUGAAAGGUGUCUGA